AUUACUUUGAAUGAUGUUGUUUGUUUUGAUACCCUUGAUUCUAACAAUUUAUCUGCAUUUCCAAUAUUAAUUAAUAUAACAGCAUUGGUACAAGAAGACCCAAAAAUCAAUAACAAAGAUGUAGUUAUUAAUGUUUUGACUAAAAAUUAUGUCAACCAAAGCUACAAUAAUCUUAAAUUAACAUGCUAUAAUCCUACCUCUGUGCAAUAUUUGACAAAUACGAUGGCUGUUAUAAAGAAAGAUUCUGUAAUCUAUAUUAAUGGAGAACUUAUGAUUACUGAUAAUAAUAAUAUAGUUCAUAUAUAG